AUGAAAUUUCUAUCGCAUCUGGUUCUAUUUACUUCUGUAAAAGAGCAACCCUAUUUACAAGGGGCAUCAGUAAGCAGUGUAACAAAAGUUCAUACUUCCCUCAAGUUUGACUAUCGAAAACCGGCGACCAUUGAUAUAACAUUAAAAGUACCACGUAAAACUAGAAAUAAUGGAACAUUAUUUAUGCACGCUGUAUUAUUAGAUGAAAGCAGUCUAUACAAAGAUUUUGAUGAGAUUAUUCGUUCAGAAUCUAUACACACAUUACCUUUAGUGACCCAUACCGAACCUCAGGCAGCAACAUUUAAUCUUCUUCAACAAAAUGCAGAAAGUAACAAAGAGAAGGGAAAGGUUCAAGGAGUUCGUCCUUACUCCCAUAUAACAACAGUGGCACCAAUAGCCAUCCUCACUGAUGAUUUAAACCUCCCUUCAAAUAAAAUACCCGGUGAACUGUAUCCCUACAUCAGGAUCAGAAAUGGAAAAUUUUUGCCCAUAAUUCAGCACAAUGUUCUAAAGUCCAGACUAUCCCACUUCCAGCUUUUGAGCAGUAGUUCACAUGAAGCGAAUGUCACUGUGAAUGUUUCACCAACAUCAUAUGGUUCUUUAAGACUGUCUCUACAUGUAAGGCUGGCUUUAGAACAGCUUUUCUCACUUGGCUUUAGUGAGAAAGACGUAGAUGAUGUAAAAGGGAUAUUUGCUGAUACUAAUUUAUAUUUACUCUCGGCAACUGUCUUGAUUGCUAGCUUUCAUUUAUUAUUUGACUUCCUGGCCUUCAAGAAUGACGUAUCCUUUUGGCGGCGCAAGCGUUCCUUGGCUGGCUUGUCGGCGCGUACUAUAUUCUGGCGAGCAUUUUCGCAAAUGGUUAUAUUCUUUUAUCUUAUGGAUGAACAGACCUCACUUCUGGUGCUAAUACCAGCUGGCAUAAGUGCUCUUAUCGAGGAUAGUAUGUUGUGUUGGGGGUUGCAGCAGUAA